AUGCAGGGGCGAGUAGGGGAUGGACUUGCAGGAGCCGGCGCUUGUUUCGUCGGGGGGUUUCUUUCCGUAGCUGGUCCGGCGUCCCGUCACUCGUUCCGUUACUCAGGCCCGCGACCCCCUCCUUCUGGGCAGACGCAGCCGGAGAGUGGCAGUGGGGAGGAGGAUGAGGAGGAGGAGGGUGAGGGCGAGGAGGAUGAGGACGAUGAGGGGAGCGGGGAUGACAGUGAGGCCGGGUGGGAUCCCGAGACGCAUGGCGGUGGGAAAGGGGGGGAUGAUGAGGAGGACCUUGAGAUGGAUGGGUUGGAGCCAGAGGAGGUGGAGGAGGGGGUGGGAGAGGGUGGUGAAGGGGCGGCGACAGAGGCGGCCUCACAGCAUGUGGCUGAAGGAGGAGGGAGCGUGGGGGUUAAGGUGGGGAGAAAGCGGGCAUCCAUUAGGAUGCCGAAGCGGAGGAAGAGGGCGAGCAAGUUGAGGGAGCGAGCAUAUCCCUGCACAUUCACUGGGAAGCCCUUGGGCGAGGGUGUGGUCGCUCCGGAGUUCCUAGACGAGGACGGAGGGUCCGAGAGUAGUAAGGGGACUGGCAAGGGUAAUAAAAAACCGGGGUGGCAAGUACAGAUGUUCGGGCCUAAAGGGGCAGACGAGAAGCGUCAGUGCAAGAUUUGCACUGACAGGAUUUCGUGGAAGCAAUCCACAACAACACCCGGCGAGCGGCACUUUGAGAGCUACCACACAGCGCACAUGCACGUGUGGCAUCACCGUUACCACACUCCGUCCGUUCACUUGCCUGGGGAGACGUUUCCUCGUGGGGGCUACAAGGGUGUGCCGGAUGGCUACGUCGAUGGGUGGCCGCAUGCCAAGUCUUGGCCGCAUCUCGCAAAGAAGAAAGGGACGGCGUCCGGUGGAGCUCCGGGGUCAGGCGGGAUGGAGCGGUUCAUGACAACCAAGCUGUCCACGGAGGAGCUACGGCAGGCGAUCGCCAAGCUGGUGGUCACCUGCGACCUCCCCUUCCGCAUCGUCGAGUCCGAGGCCUCCGCCAUUGCGGAGAUGUUGGCUAAGGAGGGGGGGCUGGGGUGCAAGGUGUCGAUCACCAUCGACAUGUGGACGGCACCCAACAACAAGGCAUGGCUAGUGGUGACGGGUCACUGGAUAGACGAGAACUUCCAGCUACGCACAAUGGUGCUUGAGUUCCGUGAGAUGCUCGGGCGGCAUGGGGGCAGGGAGAUGGCGCAGGUGGUUGAGGAGACGGUUAUGCAGUGGGGGUUGGAGGGGCGUUGUCUUGGUUUCAUGACAGACAACGCCUCUAGCAACAUUGCCGCCUUCAGGCGGAUGUCGGAGGAGGGUGGUGGUCAGUGCUUCUUCAGCUCGCGCAUGCACUUCCGGUGCUUGGCACACGUGAUAAACCUUGCAGUGCAGGCAGCACUGGCUGUGGAUUCCAUACGGAAGUUGUUGAAGAUACUGAGAGAGAUGGCGUCGUGGAUUGGCUUCUCUCCACAGCGCUCGGGGUCUUUCUUGGGCCUACAGCGGACCUUGAACUCGCAGACCAACCCCGCCACGCCGAAGCCAACGUUGAAGCUGGUGCAGGACAGUCCUACGCGCUGGGGGUCGACCCACGACAUGGUCGAGCAUGCGGCUGUUCUGCAGAACCCCAUCACUGUCUUCUUCGCCCAGACACAGGGCCUGUCGAAGACCGACAAGAAGAAGGUGGAGAGUCUGUGCCUGACUGACGCAGACUGGGAGACCCUGCAGGCGGUGAAGACAUUCCUAAGCCCCUUCGCCAAGGUCUCCAAGGCAGCAGAGGGGGCGGCGUACCCGACUGUGUCGAUGGUGGUGCCGUACUACAACGGCCUGAUCGACGCCAUGGAGUCGCGCCUUGCCAAGGGGCCAUCUCCGACGCUGCAGCCGAUGAUCGUGGCGACGCUGAGCCACUUGAAGAAGUACGCGUACAUCACCAACAACGAGUACUGGAUCGCCACCUUCUUGGACCCAUCCAUGAAGGCGGCGUGGUUCGACGACACGCACUGGGAGAAGCUGCAUCCCGAGACCGACAGGAGGGUGAGGCCGCGUCCGGCGUCUGGCGAGGUGAUCAAGCUGGUGCGCGACCGCGUGGCCGAGUACCAGGCCCGGGCUGCAGAGCUUACUCCACGACCGACCCCACUUGCCCCCGUUGCGGAGGAGGAGGACGACGAUGACGCGCAGUUUCUCCCUAGUCGCCGACGACUUGCGGCGCGUCUGUCGGCGAGCCAGGAUGCGGGGGCGGGUGGGAUGGUGCAGGACGACGAGGUUAGCAGGUACUUGUCCGAGAGGGUGCGGUGCGACGUGACAGCGCUAGAGUACUGGCGCAGUGCCACCAACAUGCAGACGCUGAGGCGCAUGGCCCGGGAUUAUCUCGCCAUCCCUGCCACGUCCGCUUCGAGUGAGCGGGUGUUCUCCCUUGGUCGCAACCUCAUUUCCUGGAAUCGGCACCGCCUGGCCUCUCAGAGGACGCGAGCUGUCAUGAUUCUCAGAUCAUGGUACAGUUCACACCCUGGCCAGAGGAUAGGCGAGGGUUGCCGACCGAGAGGCGUCGCACCACCAGAGUUCGCCAUUGAGGGCGAGGGAGCAGAGGAAGAUGACGAGGAGGAGGAGGAGGAGGGUGUGGAGGCUGACGACACAGCUGGUGGAGAGGAUGCUGUUGUUGGUAGUAGCAGUGCAGUGGCGCCUUAG